GGAAUGAAGCUAUGUUGAACAAAAUGCAUACCGAAAGAUGUAGUUUUCUUUACAUAUUAUUAGUUUCUGAUAUAGGUGUAUUGACAAACUCCAUUCAGCUUACACCAUUGCAAAUAACAGCCACAGAAAAUUCCAGUGCUACACUCACAUGUUCAAUGACAAAUGGAAUUCUGCCAGAAUCAAUUUGGUUUAACUCUCAGAUAGCUGGUGGCGCAAAUUUAUAUUACUCCAAAGGACAAUGUAUUACAUCGCGGUUUCUAAAUAAUAGUGCUUAUUUUAGCGGUGUGUGCAAUAGUGAUGGAACGUACUCUGUAAUUCUAAAGAAAAUUGAACGAUCACAACAUGGAGCUAAAUGGACUUGUUCAGGAACGCUUUCCUCAUCAAAUACAGUCGCUAUAAAAGUGUUAGUUCCGGCUACAAGCGCGGAAUUGAGCCAACAUAAUGGGGACUACAUGAAAGAAUUUCAGGAAAAGAAAAUCUCUUGCAGCACAUCAGCGUGUCGACCAGACCCAAGAGUACAAUGGUAUCUUAGUAGUUACGACCAGGUUGUAUAUAAUCUAACACAUUUGUCAACCAACAAAGACGUUAAUGGCGAAUAUGGUCUCAAAGCCGUUGUGAGUGUACUGACAUUAAGUCCAAAUAGAACGAUGAAUUACUUACGUCUGUACUGUGAAGUGUGGACUCAAUCUGAUAAAGCUGACAAAACAAGCAGAAAAACAAUUGUUAAUGUUACCUAUCCCCCAGAUAAUUCACCUUUGAUACAAGGAGUUGGGUCUAACGAUGCUAUACGGGUCAUUGAGUCUGAUAAAGGGUCAUUUGUAUGUUCGAUUACCGGAGGAAACCCAUUGGCAUUGUUAAGCUGGAACUGUUUCGACAGUCAUGACUCAAUAUCGCGAACCCAAGAUAGCACUGUAACAAGCACAGUUAAAUGGACGGCAUUGCGCAAUUAUAGCACAUGCUCCUGUACAUCGAAUCACAAAAUAAGUAAUUGGAAAAAAACUACGAACAUAACAGUUAAUGUACAAUACCCUCCAACCACACCACAUUUUAAAAUCGGACAAACAUAUGUUUUUGGCAAUGUUCGUGUUAUUCAAAACAACACAUUGCGAGUUGUCUGCAAUAGCGAAAGUAAUCCUUUAUCUAGCUACAUAUGGACUGGUCCAGGUUUUUCUGGCAAAGGUGAUACGUUGGAAAUAACAAGCGUUAAAAUAAGCAAUCAGGGGGAUUAUAAAUGUGUGGCGUCAAACAGGAUGACAAGAACGAAUUCUUCCCAUGAGGACGGGAGUAAUUCAUCAUCAUUCAUUCUAACAGUAUUAUACCCCCCAAGCGAUCCAAAAUUUAAAUUUGAAAACUCCAGCGGACAGCUCAUUCAAUCAAACAUAUUUUACGUAGUGAGAAAUGAUACGUUUUCAAUUUAUUGUGAUGUAAAAGGAAAUCCUGUACCUAACAUCAAAUGGGAUGAUAACAAAAGCAAUCCCAGAUUGAGUAUAUCUAACAUCCUUUUGGACAUAAAUAGUACAUGCAGAGCAACAAACUUGAUGAAAGAAACUGCAAGUCAAAAAGAAAUGAACUCAAAAUCGGAAGAAUUGUUUUCAAUUAUUGUCUUUUAUCCUCCACGGCUUCCUACAAUACACGUUUCAAAUUAUAAUGGCGACAACGUUCAAGUUCAAAAAAGAAACGUCAGUGUUAUUGAAUCAGAAACAAUCAAUGUGACAUGUUUUUCGACAAGUAAACCAAUGCCGACAUAUAAAUGGAUACAUGAGCAAUAUAUGAAAACACAGACGACAAACGUCUUGAAAUUUGUCAACAUCAGUCGGCACGAAAGUGGAACACAUGCUUGCAACGUUGAAAAUGCUAUGAAGAGAUCAAUUGGCAAAACUGAAGUAGGAAAAAGUAACUCACAAAUAAUUCUGAACAUAUUAUAUCCAGCUAUUGUGAAUAAUAUACAUGAUGUAAGAAUUGUUGAGGGAUCACAAUUGGAAACAUUAUGCCCGGUAGUAGAUGGUAAUCCUUCAUACUCCACAGUUACAUGGUCCAGACAAAGUGACGAAAAUCGAUGGAACAAUAGACUAUUGUUUAUAAAGAACGUUUCAAGAGCAGAUGAUGCAAACUACACCUGUAGUGUAAUUACAGAGAUGCAUCCUACUAUCGGUAGAUUUUCAAAAAUUGAAAGAAGACAAUCUUUUCAUCUAAAUGUUUUCUUUCCAUCGGAAAUUAACACAUUUACAAUAUCUACGGUAAGCUCUGGUCGGACCUUUGAAGUAAACAGAACUCAAAAUCCAUCAUUUGAAUGCAUUGUUGAAGCCAAUCCUACGUCAGAUUUAAAAAUAAUGUCUCCAUGGGGUGACUAUAUUGUCGAAGUAUCAAACUCAAAUAUUGCCCACCACACAUUGCACAAUGCAUCAUUUAAAGAUGCCGGAGAAUAUAUUUGUACCGGGAGAAACAACUACACAAGGGGCUCACCAUUACAGUCAAAACUGAUUCUUAUCGUUAAAAGCCGACCAAGACCAUCCUCUGGCGAAACAAACGUUAUAAAAGUGGCAACAGUUCUGAACGUUGAUGUAACACUGCUAUUUACAGCUUGGAAUUAUCUUGAUGAACCAAACAAAACAAUGUUCAGUUGGUUUAAGGAAAAUGUUGCCAUUCCUAACAAUGACAAUAAAUACAUAAUACAUUCGAAUGAUUUUCAAACAAAUAUUACUAUAAUGAACACAACUCAACAAGAUUAUGGACUUUAUAAAGUAAAUGUUGAAAAUUCAGUUGGACUGUAUACUCACUAUUAUGAAUUGAAAGCCACAGAUAAACCAGAGAGACCAAGGGACUUUCGUGUAAUAAACAACACAAUUACAGACACAUCAGUUCCACUGGCAUGGAGUCCUGGUUUUAAUGGAGGAUUUCCACAAACAUUUGUAAUAAUCUAUAAAAUAAAACACGACAGUUUAUGGUUGAACAAAUCAAUACAAGAUAAAGGUGAUAUGAAUAUGAAUUAUACUUUAAAUGACCUUCGCAGCAUUCAAGAGUAUGAAAUAGAGAUGUUUGCUAAGAACAUAGAAGGAAAUUCAAUUCACACAGAGCGUCUUUAUUUCAAAACUAAAGGCAUAAAGAAGUCAAAAGAAACGCAAACUAUGGGAUCUUCAAACACUGGGGCAUUUGUUGGUGCUGGUGUCGGUGCAUCUGUUGUUACACUCGCACUUGUUGCUGGGUCCUUGUUUGGAUCUAAACGACUUAAGUAAGUGAGGUCACGUUUUUCUGAUAAAAGAGCCAUGACAUGUUUAAAUUCCAAUUUGAUAAAUAUAUCAAUAUAACAAUAUUUUAUGAUCACUUUAUCAAAUCUUUUAUUAGCUACAACUGGAGGCCUUAGAUUUUUAUCAGGGCUGAAUUCAGUCAUAAUGACUUAUUCGUUGUAAAAUGAUUCACUUGAAGGUACCAAAUAUACAUACAAUAAGAGUGUAUCGAUUUGAUUAGAUGAGCAUAACCGUUCAAGCCACGUUGUUGAACCUUUCGGUAGUAAUCAGUACAUUUUGGUUUAUGUAUAAUUUCCCCUUAUUGAUGAAUGUGAGUCGUCAUACUGAGAUGUUAAAACGGCCAUCCAAUUUGUAAAGGCAUGUCAAAUAUCCUCAUUUUCAAAA